CCAUGGCAUCUACCGAUGUACCUCGUCGCAACCUGUCAAUCCACCUCCGUCGAGGCCGCAAGGACGCCGACCGCAACGACUCCAACAGUUCGAUAGGAAGCGGACCCAUGGACGACCAUGUCUCGGGCCUCAAGCCGUCCAUUGACAACGUCUUCGCCAAAGUCAAAGAACGAAGAGCCCGCAAGUCGCAAGACCUGCGUCGCAACAGUGACGAGUCGUCCAAAGGCCUGCGUGGCCUGUUGCCGUCGUCCAAGAAGUCGCGGCGGAAGAGCAGCACCCAAGACAGCGACCUCCUCUCGGCAUCCGGCGACCUGCUCCAGGAGCGUCAGCGCGCCAUCUCUCCCAACCCCAGCGAGCUUUCUCUGGGGAACCAGGGCAGUGGACAUAGCAGUCUACUGACCGAGGACGAGGACGAGGACGACCAAGCUCCUGUCAGACCAACCCUCUCUCCUCACCAGUCCCACGCCGGCUACUUGACCCUCUCCUCACCUCUCAUCAACGCCGCUGCCACCAACAACCCCUUGCCUGACGACAUUCCCCAUCUUGCUGAGAAUCUCGCUGGCCCCGCAUCUCUUGACAACCCCGCUGCCUCACAGUCGCUCUCUGCCACCCAAAACCGCCAGAAAUCGCCUGUCGAUAGAUUCAAAGGCGCCUUUACCUUGCCCAAGAAGAAGCCUGUGGCCGAAACAACCACAGAGACACAUGAGGCCUUCCCAGAUCUCGACUUCAACCCCGAUAUUCCCACCGUGUCUUCUCCGCGUCCCACAACCCCUCAAUCGCUGCCGCGCAAACCCACCAUCAUCACAACCGUGCCUUCUACACCUCCCAAUACCGUUGACCCUCCCACCACUUUCGUGACACCUCCAACUCCAACUGAACCUCAGACCCAUUUCUCAAAUGCUUCUGCGCAAUCGCUCAGCUCUUCCGUCCACUCUCCGCCCUCAUACGUAAACGCUGCCGCUCAGAGACGUAAAAGAGCCGGAACUUUUACAUCGAGCAAGCUCGCUGCUUCUCCCUUGACUCCGCACAUUGAGGAAGCAAAAACACCUGGAGGCACAAUCACUGCACCAGUCACCUCAUCUGGUUUCUUCUCCUCCGUCUUCAACGCUGCCCAAAACGCUGCAAAUCAGCUCAGUACCAGUCUGAACACCUCUAUCGCUUCACCAAAGAACAAGCCACAGCCGUUCGAUCAAGCAGACACCAUAGGCGGGGAAGAAGUGAUUCCUGGUGUUGAAACUAUUAGCUCACCAGAACUUGAGCCAGGUACCAAGCGCCAACUUGCAGUCGAAACUCUUGGUAGAGGCGAUCUUAGUCUAGAUCAACUCGGCAUCAGUGCAGAAAGCUCAGAGGUCAGCCCAAUGACCUCCAACGUGGAUCUGUCAGGUGCUUCGCCCAACCUGAAUAGCAACGGCCAGAAGCAAGAAGAGAAUGCCGCGAACCGCGCUGUUUCUGCUGCUUACGAAAAGCCUGUAGAGAAGGCAGUGAGCCAGGCAACAGGUGGAAGACCUCUGUCCGUGGUCUCGGGUGAUGGUUCGGAUGCAGGCUUCCAAACACCUCCCAGAACCUCGGGCACUUUCGACAGCGUCAAGCGCGCCAGCUCGGUCAGAAGUAAGCUCAGUGGCCGCAGGAGACAUCGUGGUAGCUCCGCCGCUACAGGUGGUACUCUUGCUGCUGCGGUCUCUGCUAGUAGCGCCACUCUUGUCCCUGCCCUGGGUCAAGGUCAUCGCACUACCGGCUUUGCUGUAGCCAGCAGCAAGCGCAACAAAGACUUCCAUCAGCUGUUCCGAAGCGUACCAGAGGAUGACUACUUGAUCGAGGACUAUAGUGCAGCUUUACAGCGUGACAUUCUCCUUCAUGGCAGGCUUUACAUUUCGGAAGGUCACAUCUGUUUCUCCAGCAACAUUCUCGGCUGGGUGACCAAUCUGGUCAUCAGCUUCGAUGAGGUUGUGUCAGUGGAGAAGAAGAACACCGCCGUCAUCUUCCCCAACGCAAUCGUCAUUCAAACUCUACAUGCUCGAAAUGUUUUUGCCAGUUUGGUGGCCAGAGACUCCACUUAUGAUCUCCUUAUCGGCAUCUGGAAAAUCAGUCAUCCCAACCUGAAGAGCUCUCUGCACGGCGUUGCAAUAGACGAUGCCAGCACUGGCGAUAAGACGGAGCGUGCUGAAUCGAUAGCUUCUGAUAGGGACAGCACUGAUGGAGCAACUGAAGAUGAUGUUUACGACGAAGACGAAGAUCAUGACGAUGGUAGCUUCUACGAACCUGGUGGCAGCAUUGCUGGUAGCGAGAUUGGUGAUCCGGCUGUGAGCAGGAAAACUUCCGCUGUCCCUGUCACGGCUGGUAUUCCUUCAGCAAACGGCCCUACGAAAGGUGCAGAGAUCGUCGAGUCGGUUGCUCCUGGCGCGACUGCUUCCGUCGACUUCCCCGGACCAGCCAUGCAUGCUCCUACUGAGUGUGGAGAUGAUGCCAGCCAUUACGAUAGAGCACUGGCCGACCUUACGAUACCCGCUCCACUAGGCAAGGUUUAUUCCUUGAUGUGGGGCCCAGCAUCGGGCACAUUCAUGAAGAAGUGGUUGGUCGACGACCAAAAGUCUCGCGAGCUUUCUUUCGAGAACGAGAAAGGUGGACUGGACGAUACGCACCGAACCUUCACAUACUCGUACAUCAAGCCUCUCAAUGCGCCUGUUGGACCAAGACAAACGAAGUGCAUUGUUACCGCCACUGUGGACAACUUUGAUCUAGAGAAGUGUGUCAGUGUCAACUGCAGCACUGCGACCCCUGAUGUACCUAGCGGAGGUAUCUUCACCACGAAGACCAGAUACUGCAUGAUGUGGGGACCCAACAACUCGACCAGAUUAAUUGCCAACUGUACANGACCCAUUGAAAAGGGUGCGAAUGAUGGUCAGACGCAAUACGUUAAGGACCUGGUCGCUGCGCUCACCGCUGGUGUGGCUGCGAAAGCUACAACGAGGGGCGCCCCACGCGGUAAGGGCAAAGGAAAACGAAGAACGGAUGCCGGUGCACCGGUCGAGAGUGAACGUGUCACAAUCGCGUCCAAGAAGGUACCAGAAGAAGCCAACUGGGGACUGUUCGAACCUGUUCGUGGACCACUGGAGCCAAUCGUCAGCAUCUUCCAGCCUCUGUUCUCGGCACAGGUCAUCAUCACUAUACUGGCUCUGCUUCUGGCUUGGACGUGGCUCUUCCCAUCUCGACCUCGCUCUACGGGAAUGGGUUUCGCCAUCGACUCGCCUGGAAGACUUGCCGCGUACGAGGAGCUGUGGCGUAGAGAAGAAAGCGAGCUUUGGGAUUGGCUCGAGGAUCGUGUUGGCCUUAGCAAUGGUAUUCCCAUCGGCGGUGCCACACAAGAAAGGAAUGACAGACAGAAAGUGCUGGGCACCAAGCAAAUGGGCCGCAGACUUCGCAACCACGAACUGGAAGAAAAGCAAGUGGAAGAUGCGAUCAGAAUCACUGAAGAGAGGCUCUUGACGCUAAAAGACGCGGUCNAAGAAAAAGAAGGCCGCUGCCGCCGCACAAAAAGAAGAGAAGAAGUGAAAGCU